UUUAUAGUCCUGUUCACAUCUCUUUCUUUUCCUUAUAAAUCUCAUCUUUCCCCCCCAAAACAUGAACCUUUGUUGGAUACUCUCUUCUACUCGUUUAUCAUGGAUAAUCAUCAAACUAAGCAUGUUAUUAGUAUAAGUAUCUUGUUGUCAGCGAUAAUCAUUUCGAAUCCCACCCUAGCUUCCAAUGGUUGUGAUUUCCCAGCAAUUUUCAACUUCGGCGACUCGAACUCCGACACUGGAGGCCUGUCGGCCUCCAUCAUGGAAACUCUUUCACCUUUUGGAAUGACCUUUUUUAAGAGACCUGCCGGGCGAUUCUCUGAUGGACGGCUGAUUAUUGAUUUCAUAGCUCAAAGCAUUGGGUUGCCUUUUCUUCACGCUUACCUCGACUCAUUGAGAGCUAACUUCAGCAAUGGUGCCAAUUUCGCUACAGCUGCAUCCACGAUAAGAUUACCAAACACAACCAUAUUCCAAGGUGGGGUUAGUCCUUUCUCCUUGGAUGUGCAAUGGUGGCAGUUUACUCAGUUCAAAUCCAGAUCCCAAUUAGACUACAAUCAAGAAGGUGUUUUUAAGGAAUUGGUGCCAAAGAAGGAUUACUUCUCUCGAGCUCUGUAUACUUUCGAUAUAGGUCAAAAUGACCUCACUGCAGUUAAUUUCCUUAACAUGACCAAAGAGGAAGUUGCAACAGGUAUAACGGCCAUACUGAGUGAUUUCACCGCAGUUGUAAAGAAUGUAUACGGUGAAGGGGCAAGAUCAUUUUGGAUCCACAACACAGGCCCAAUAGGCUGCCUGGCAUAUGUUUUGGAUCCGACACCCUUUACAGACGCCCAGAUUGAUGAUGCUGGUUGUGCAAUUCCAUGGAAUGAGCUAGCUCAACAUUUCAACAAGAAAUUGAAUGAGACCAUAGUUCAACUCCGAAUGGAUCUUCCAUUGGCGGCAUUCACAUAUGUUGAUGUGUACUCCGUGAAAUACACUCUCUUCAGCAAGGCCGAGAAGCUCGGAUUCAAGCACCCUCUUAUAGUUUGUUGUGGACGUGGGGGGAAGUAUAACUACAGUAGCUCGUCACGCUGCGGAUCAACUGUUGUGGUCAAUGGGACUGCAUCUAUAGUUGGAGCAUGCAAUGAUCCAUCAGUUCGGAUCAACUGGGAUGGAGUUCACUACACUGAGGCCGCCAAUAAAUGGGUGUUUGAUCAGAUUGUUGACGGUGCAUUUUCCGAUCCGCCGAUUCCUUUGAAGAUGGCAUGUCGAAAGGUGGCGCAUUAAAUCAUACCUAUGUUCUGAUUAGUAACAUUGUUGUUUCUAAUGUUAUAUUGUCAAAAAAAAAAAAAAAGUGAAUGCAAGAGAUAAAUUCUCUCUCAAAGGUAUGGCAAGAGAGAUACAUUCAUAAUAUUUAAAAUAAAAUAGAAUUUUAUUCCUUAGA